CAUGGCUCAGAGACUGCUUCGCACGCAGUCCAUUCUUGGGGUGAGAAGGAUGCUGUAUCGACAGCAUCGAUGUUCCAAACAUUUUAUUGAGCCCAUUGUGACGAGAGAAUUUCACAUAACACCAACGCUAGGUGUUUCAUCAGGUUUUAGUCAGACAUACGCAACACCAGAAAUAAAACAGAUGCUAGUCCGCAUGAAGUUUUUCAAGAAAGUUGAGCAUGUGCCAGAUUUUGUUGGGUCUGGACUUGUGUCCCUGGCACGUGACUAUUUCCGUGUGAAGAUGUCUAUGACUAUCAUGAAUGUACUGUUUUUCAUCAUUUAUCUAAUGUUUGUAUGGGUCAGGAUGCAAAAAGCAAAGAAAAACAAAGACACAAUCAACUUGAGAUAUGAAGCUAACAGAUCUAGGGAACUGAAAAAAAGUGAAAUUUUGCGUCAAGAUCAUUAACAGAAAGCCAGUUAAUUGUUAAUUUGUGUGAGUGAAUUGAAAAUAUGCAAUGUGAAAUAUAUAUAUUUUAAUUAUUGUUAUUAAACUAUGCUGUCUGCCACACAAA